AUGGUACUGGAGACCAUUAUCCCCUUGAGGAUGGUGCUGGGUGCCGAGGAUGUGCUCAGCCUCUGGUUCUGGGGGAUCUUCUUCUCAAAGAUGCUGAAGCUCCGGUCUUCCAAAGCGAAGCAGGAUGUCGAGGUGGUGUCCACCAAGGGCCAGGACUUCCAUACCAUCCAGGGCGCACCGGCGGAUCUCAGCUGGCGAGGAGCGCUGCCCUGCUAUUUGCUCCCCGUGGGUUUCUGCGUGGAGGCGGUGCGCUUCCACUUGCGCCAUGUCUCGGGCAGCCGCGCCGUGCUGCGGCUGUGGCGCCUGCUGGUCUCCGUCUUCUGCGUGCUGCCGUGUUUUGAGCUCAUGGUGGCCCAUGACUGGUCCAACCCGCUCACCGCCCAGAUCCAACACGGCGCCCUCAAGGACCUGCGUUUCCGCAUGUCGCUGUACUUCUGGACCGCCGCGGAGUUUCUCACGACGCUCAACUUUACUCGUCUUGCUUGCGGAGCCAACAAGCUCUCGUUCCAGAAGCGGGUGGCCCUCUCGAUGAUCUUGGGGUUCCUGAACGGCGGCAUUGGCAUCACUGUGGCGCACGAGCUCUUGCACAAGCCACGGUGGCUGGACAAGUUGCUGGCCCAUGGACUGCUCACGAACCAGUGCUACCUGCACUGGGCCGACGAGCACGUUACCGGUCACCACCAGAAGGUGGCGACGCCCGAGGAUCCCGCCACCUCGCGGAAAGGGGAGUCCUUCUAUCGGUUCCUGCCCCGGACGCUGCUGGGAUCCUUCCGCAGCGCCUGGCAGGCUUUCCAGGAGCGACAGCGGCGCGGCGGCAAGGCUGCGAGUUUGGGCCUCUUCGCCCUGCGCAGCUUCGGGCCUUCAGCGCUGUGGGCGGUGGUGCUGGCCCAGGUGACGCGGCGCCGGCUGAAGCGAGUGCUUCCAUUCUUCCUGCUGCAGUCCAUGGUGGGUAUCACGUUGCUGGAAGCCGUGAACUACAUCGAGCACUACGGCCUGCAGCGGCGCAAGCUGCCGGACGGGAAGUAUGAGAGGGUAACGCCGCGGCACAGCUGGAACAGCGCCCACCAGCUCUCCAACUUGAUCCUCUUCAAGCUUCAACGCCAUAGCGACCACCACACCUUCCCGCAGCGGCCCUUUCAACUCCUCCGCAACUUCGAAGAGAGCCCCCAGCUCCCCACCGGCUACUUCGGCAUGGUGCUGUUGGCAUUCUUCCCACCGGCCUUCUUCUGGAUCAUGGAUCCGCUGGUGGAUGCUCACAACAAGAAUGCCGAUGAAGACGAGACGCGCGUGGUCCAGGCGUCCGCGGAGAAGCGCUUUGGGCGCUGGGCUUUGCUGGUGCUGGCGGCCAGCUUGCUCGCGCAGAAGAGUGUGCUGGGCUGA